AUGGAUUUGUUUUUUGUUGAUUACGAUAUGCUGCCUCUUCUCAUUCAAGAGAAUUAUCUAACAGGCAUAUCUCAGGGUUUGCAGCAGCGAAGUACUUUAUCAUCCUCGAAGGAGACACCUGUGGGGUGUAGAGGGACGCCUUCAGCAGAGCUGGAGUCUCUAAUCUGCUGCAGCAAAGCUGCUGCUGCACUUAGCAGAGCAGACACCGCAAACUCGGUUCUUAGAUCUAGUCAGGAUUGGUCGCUGCUCUCCGUCAUCGGCGCCUUCUGCUGUUUGAAUGUCCCAGCCGAAAUAGUAGCACCGCUGGCUCGGGGAGGAGACCCUCAGGAGACAGUUGAUAGACUGGCGGCCUACGGGCUUAGGAGAGAGCAUCUGUUAGAACAUAUGCAGUCUCUAAUGCUAAAGAAGCAGACAAGGCUAUACGAUUUAGUAGAGAGCCGCAGCAAGGCAGCUUUUACUCGUCUCUGUUCUUCAAUACAGCAGCAGCUGUGCAUACAGCCGAAACGAACACGCAGCGGCCCCCAAUCCCUUAAAGAGGUGAUAGAGCGAGAAGAAGGAGAUGUCUCUGGUGAGGAGACGGAUGAAGAAGAGACAGAAGGAGACAGUGCAGCAGCAGCAGCAGCAGCAAAGCGAGACAACUCUGCUGCUAAUAAGAAAGCAGGGUCUAGAGCAGCAGCAAAGACAGUCCAAACAAAAGCGCGAGGCAGAGGAGGAGGGGUUAGAAAAGAAAGAAAAGUUAAAAAUGCAUGA